UAACCCUCCCCACCUUCAUUCGCUCCUCCCACGUGACGUCACGUGAACCCUCGCCCCUUCCUUCCCUCCCCACUCUCUCUCUCUCUGUCUCUGCGCUGCGCUGUGCUGUGCUUUGCUCAGUGUAGUAGUGUUGUCGAAUCGUUUGGAUGUCUUCUCCCUAAAAUACACUCCUCCUGCUCCUCCCUCCUUCAUCUUAUUGGAGAAUUGAGAUGUGUGGGAUUUUCAUCUACAAAUGUAUACCUGAAUUGGAUUAUAACGCUGAGAGUUGCUCUGGUUUAGUUAGAUAUGUUUGAUUGGAACGACGAAGAGCUAGCAAAUAUAAUAUGGGAUGAGGCAGGGGAGGGUGAUGACCAUAUAGUCCCAUAUCCAGAGGGGAAUAAUCGUAACAAGAAGGAACCGAACCAACAAGGUGCUGCCACUAAGCGGACUGGACAGAAAACCCUUGUAACUGAAGACGGUUUUUCCGAUGCAAAGCUGGAGAGCAGUUCUAACUUUGACAAGGAUGGAAGGAUUGCGUCAUCAGAAGUUAGCAUGGACUCAUGGCCUGAUCUGUCUUCAUCAAAUUUCAUAAAAGAUGAUCAAGAAGCCUUAACGGCGGAAGUGUCUAAUGAUGUUUCCGAAACUGCGAAAUAUGAUUCAAGCAAAGGUGAGACAGCUCAAUCUGAUAGAAAUAAUCAAAUCUUCGAAAAUCCUCAAGAGGCGGAGCAGAAUGAUUUUGUCGACUAUGGAUGGGAGAGUAUUGGAAGUUUUGAUGAUCUUGAUCGAAUUUUUAGCAAUGAUGAGCCACUAUUUGGCCAUGUUCUCGGCAAUGCUGAUGAGCUGUGGUGUUCUAAGGACGUAACAAAUAGCUCAAUUAAGUCCUUCUCUAUAUCGGGGGAUUCUCCCAAAUUGGGGUCAGAAGCAUUAACAGAUGCUUCUGAGAUUUUGCAAGUGAAAGCAGAAAAUGCACAAGAAGAUGAUGGUUCACUUAAUCUUGUUUACGGGAAAUCGGAUGAUCCUCCAUCUCUUCAUUUCCAGCAUGGUAGUGCACCUCUUGAGCUUGCAGAACACGGCAGAGAUCAAAUUAAACAUGAUAUGAAGGAGCAGAGUAAUUUUCCGGUGGCUGGAGCCAGUACAGCGACCACUCAUCUUGCUGCUGAUAACAUUUUAACCCCCAAUGAGUACUCUGACAAGGUUCCCAGGCAAAAGAAGCAUCACAAGGGUCAGAAAAAACAGGAAGGGAAAAACGAGGGGAGAAUAUCAAGAGAUUUAUACGGUGCCUGGUCUUCUGCUGGAAAUUCAUCAGGACAGUAUGAGCACCACCCCCAGUUGGCACCUUCAGUGAUGCACGCAUGUGCUCCGCCUGCUAUGAGUCAAUUGAGGAACAUCCCAGGGCUUGAUUCUUUUCAUUACCAGCAUAUACACAACCCAUAUUUGUAUCCUCAUGCAUUUGGGAAUGUGCCUAAUCCCUUUCCAGCAUCUCCGUCAGUGUCUCAUAGUCUGCAGUCUGGAAAGCUAAAGGGUCAGGCUAUGGUUUCCGGGUUUGAAGUUUCCCCUGUUGAAGUAAAUCCAAUAAACAAGCGAGUUGAUUCCUCUGAUAAACCUCCUACCAUGACCCCACGAGAAAAGAUUGAGAAGUUGAGGCGGCGGCAGCAAAUGCAAGCAAUGCUUGCCAUUCAAAGACAGCAGGAGCAGUUUAACAAUCAAGCUGCUUCUUAUUCCAUGUCUCAGAAAGGUCCUGUGGAGAACCAAAUUCAGCAUGUCAGUGGGGCUGAUUUUGGAAUUGAUGAUAUGAGCACUCUCCCUUCUGUUGAUACCAACUCUGCGGUGGAACAGGAUGAUUCGAAUACAAUCUCUGUUGCAGUAGCUGACUCUGCAGCUGAGGACAUAGUGCUGCAUCGGCUUCAAGAUGUAAUUGCAAAGUUGGACAGCAAAAUAAGACUCUGUAUUCGUGAUAGCUUGUUCCGAUUGGCAAAAAGUGCGGUGCAGAGGCAUUAUACUAGUGAUACGAGCAGCACAAAUACAUGCUCGAAAGAUGAGAGUGAAGGUUUGUCCAAGGAGGAUAACAAUGCCGAUACCAGGCAUGUUAGAAUGCCUGAUGUCGAAACAGAGACCAACCCCAUCGACCGAGCAGUGGCCCAUUUGCUUUUCCAUAGACCUUUAGAAUCCUCUGCCAAACAUCCCGGGACUCCAGACUCGCCUCGUCUUACUAAGCUUCCUGGAGAAAGCAAAACCUCAGAUGCAUCGAACUUGUUCAAGAGAUCUCAAGCUGAACAAGGUGGGUUUCACCAAGGACCAAAAAGCCCCAAAGAUAGCCAGCAGAUUUAUCUUAUCAAGAGCAGUAGCCCUUGCUUGGAUACCUCAGAGAAUGCAUCGAGUGGGGUGCCCAUGGAGUUUGAGGCUUCUCAGUGAUGGCUGGGAUAGCUUUGGAACUUAUGCGGCUGAUUGGUUCUCCAUGAGGCACCCGUUUGCAGAGGCUGGUGUCAGUUAAUGUGUCAUAUCACAUCGGUCUCUCUACGAGAAACUCUAUGUAGGCUAUCUUAUUGGCAAAGUCAAUGGCUAAUUGUUCGUCCAGUUACUUCAGUCACCUGCACUUAACAGUGUCUUGAACUUGAACUCGAACUCAAGCCUCUGCUUAAAUGCCAGUAAGUACCGUUCUGUGUGUGGAAUGAUCUUGGACAGUUUUUUUUCCAGUUUUUAGAUUGUUUGCUCCGCAUUGACCCAAAACAAUGCCUGUGACCGUAUCAAUGUCGGGUUUGUGUAUCCUCUAACCUUGUAAAGAGGUAUUUGCAAAUAUCUUGGCCAAGCUUCUUUUUUCGCUUCCCGGUGUCUUGGCAGUAACUCAAUGUAUAAUUAUAUGUCGGUCACCGUGCA